GAGCGCGGCGGGGCCGGGGGGGGCGGCGGGGCCGGGAGCGGGCGGGGGGAGCCCGGCCGGGCCGUGAGGGCGCGGCGGAGCCUGGCGGCGGCGGCGGCGGAGCGGCCUGGGGGCUCCCCCCGGCGAGCGCGGGCCGAGCGGGCCGGGCCGGCGGCCGUGGCGGGGCUAUGAUGAGCCCGCUGCGGGGCUCCGCACCCCCGCGUGUCCCCCUGGCAGGUCCGGCCCGCGGCUGAGAACCCCCCACCGGCGGUAUGGCCUCACAGCUGCAGGUGUUCUCCCCUCCGUCAGUAUCCUCGAGUGCCUUCUGCAGUGCCAAGAAACUGAAAGUGGAGCCGUCUGUCUGGGAUGUUUCAGGACAGAGCAGUAGUGACAAGUAUUAUACCCACAGCAAAAACCUCCCAGCAGCUCAAGGGCAAGCCAGCUCCUCUCAUCAGGUAGCCAAUUUCAGCAUCCCUGCCUACGACCAGAACCUCCUUCUCCCAGCUCCCUCCGUCGAGCACAUCGUGGUCACCGCGGCCGACAGCACCGGCAGCAGCGCCACCGCGUCCUUCCAGAGCAGCCAGACCCUCUCGCACAGGAGCAACGUUUCUUUGCUGGAACCAUACCAAAAAUGUGGAUUAAAAAGGAAAAGUGAGGAGGUCGACAGCAACGGUAGCGUGCAGAUCAUUGAGGAACAUCCACCUCUCAUGCUGCAAAACAGACCUGCGGUGGGUGCUGCGGCCACGACCACCACGGUCACCACGAAAAGCAGCAGCUCCAGCGGGGAGGGGGAUUAUCAGCUGGUCCAGCAUGAGAUCCUGUGCUCUAUGACAAACAGCUAUGAGGUCCUGGAGUUCCUGGGGCGGGGGACGUUCGGGCAGGUGGCGAAAUGCUGGAAACGCAGCACGAAGGAGAUCGUAGCCAUCAAAAUCCUGAAGAACCACCCGUCCUACGCCCGGCAGGGCCAGAUCGAGGUGAGCAUCCUGUCCCGCCUGAGCAGUGAGAAUGCUGACGAGUACAACUUUGUCCGCUCCUACGAGUGCUUUCAACACAAGAAUCAUACUUGCCUUGUAUUUGAGAUGCUGGAACAGAACUUGUACGAUUUCCUAAAGCAAAACAAGUUCAGCCCCUUGCCCCUGAAGUACAUCCGGCCCAUUCUGCAGCAAGUGGCCACUGCCUUGAUGAAGCUGAAGAGCCUGGGUCUGAUCCACGCUGAUCUGAAGCCAGAGAACAUCAUGUUGGUGGAUCCUGCCCGCCAGCCCUACAGAGUGAAGGUGAUAGACUUUGGGUCAGCCAGCCACGUGUCCAAGGCCGUGUGCUCCACGUACUUGCAGUCGCGUUAUUACAGAGCUCCUGAAAUCAUCCUGGGUUUGCCGUUCUGUGAAGCCAUUGACAUGUGGUCGCUGGGCUGUGUGAUUGCUGAGCUGUUUCUGGGCUGGCCUCUGUAUCCAGGAGCAUCUGAGUAUGAUCAGAUUCGUUACAUUUCGCAAACUCAAGGCCUUCCAGCGGAGUAUCUUCUCAGUGCAGGAACGAAAACAAGCAGGUUUUUUAACAGAGAUCCAAAUUUGGGAUACCCACUGUGGAGGCUAAAGACCCCAGAAGAACACGAGUUGGAAACGGGAAUCAAAUCAAAAGAAGCUCGGAAAUAUAUAUUCAACUGUUUGGAUGAUAUGGCGCAGGUGAAUAUGUCUACAGACUUAGAAGGCACCGACAUGUUGGCAGAGAAGGCUGACCGAAGGGAGUAUAUUGAUUUGUUGAAGAAAAUGUUGACAAUUGAUGCAGAUAAGAGAGUUACUCCACUGAAGACUUUGAACCAUCCGUUUGUUACAAUGACACAUCUACUGGACUUCCCCCACAGUAACCAUGUGAAAUCUUGCUUUCAGAAUAUGGAGAUCUGCAAGAGAAGGGUUAACAUGUAUGACACAGUGAAUCAGAUAAAGAGCCCCUUCACAACUCACGUUGCUCCUAAUACAAGCACAAACCUGACAAUGAGCUUUAACAACCAGCUCAACACAGUACACAACCAGGCCAGUGUGCUGGCAUCCAAUUCUACUGCUGCUGCUACUCUUUCCCUGGCAAACUCGGAUGUCUCCCUGCUAAACUAUCAGUCCGCCCUGUACCCAUCAUCUGCAGCCCCAGUUGCAGGAGUGGCUCAGCAGAGUGUUUCCUUGCAGCCUGGAACCACCCAGAUCUGCACACAGACUGACCCCUUCCAGCAGACCUUCAUUGUUUGUCCCCCUGCUUUUCAAACCGGACUUCAGGCAACUACAAAGCAUUCUGGGUUCCCAGUGAGGAUGGAAAAUGCUGUCCCAAUUGUGCCACAAGCACCUGCAGCACAGCCACUGCAGAUCCAGUCUGGAGUUCUCACACAGGGGAGCUGUACACCACUAAUGGUAGCAACUCUUCAUCCUCAAGUAGCCACCAUCACGCCGCAGUAUGCGGUGCCCUUUACCCUGAACUGCGCAGCCGGCCGGCCGGCGCUGGUCGAACAGACGGCUGCAGUACUGCAGGCCUGGCCGGGGGGAACCCAGCAGAUCCUGCUCCCUUCCACCUGGCAGCAGCUGCCGGGGGUGGCUCUGCACAACUCUGUCCAACCAGCAGCCGUCAUCCCAGAGACCAUCGGCAGCAGCCAGCAGUUGGCUGACUGGAGGAAUGCACAUUCCCAUGGAAAUCAGUACAGCACUCUCAUGCAACAGCCAUCUCUGCUGACCAACCACGUGACAUUGGCUACAGCACAGCCUCUGAACGUUGGAGUGGCUCAUGUUGUGAGGCAGCAGCAGAGCAGCAAUGUGCCAGCAAAGAAGAACAAGCAGCCAGCACCAAGCACAGCCAAGCCCAGCUCAACCCUGGAGACCGUGCCCACCCAAGUGUACUCUCUCAUUGGGAGCAGCCCCCUGCGCUCCACCUCCUCCUCUUCCAACGUGCUCGUCCCGGUGCAGGAGCAGCACCAGCCCAUUGUGAUCCCGGACACUCCCAGCCCCCCUGUCAGCGUCAUCACCAUUCGCAGCGACACUGACGAGGAGGAGGACAGCAAAUACAAACCUGCCAGUUUGGGCAUGAAGCAGAGAUCCAAUGUCAUCAGCUACGUCACUGUUAACGACUCCCCCGAUUCUGACUCCUCCCUGAGCAGCCCCUAUGCCACAGACCCCCUGUCCUCGCUCAGGAGCACCGGAGGGGCCCUGGAGCUGCCGAGCAGGGCCGCUCCCGACAGCUCCAGCUCCCGGACCAUCAUCGUGCCACCCCUCAAAACACAGCUCAACGACUGCAUUGUAGCCACCCAGGCUUCAGGCAUCCUGAGCAGCACCAGUAAGACCAAGCCAGUGGCCUCGGUGAGCGGGCAGUCAUCAGGAUGCUGCAUAACCCCCACCGGGUACCGCUCCCACCGCGUGGUGACCAGCGGCGUGCAGCCCCUCAACCUCAGCCAGAACCAGCAGACCACAGUGCUGGCCUCACAGGAGAGAAGUGGAAACGCUGUCCCACGUAGGCAGCAAGCUUAUGUGGCCCCCCUCACGUCGACUAUUUCUCAGGCUCCCUACACCUUCCAGCACAGCAGCCCAGUGCAUCCCCACCUGGCAGCAGCCACGGCCAGUGCCCACCUGUCCAGCCAGCCCCACAUGUACACUUACGCUCCCACCACGGCUGCCACGCUGGGCUCCACCACCUCCAUCGCCCACCUCUUCUCCCCUCAGGGCUCCUCCCGGCACACCACGUACGCUGCCCACCCCAGCACCCUCGUCCACCAGGUCCCCGUGAGCGUUGGGCCCAGUCUGCUGACUUCAAACGUCCCGCCCGCCCAGUACCAACACCAGUUUGCUCCCCAGUCCUAUAUUGGUGCUUCCAGAGGAUCUGCUAUUUACACUGGAUACCCGCUGAGCCCGACCAAGAUCAACCAGUACUCCUACUUGUAGUUCCCAGUAAAGCACUGUCCUGCAAUAGAGAGAGAGAGUGGAGAAGGAUUUCAGGUGAACCUUUUCCCUGGGAAUGACUGCCUGGCUCGUGUUUCUCCCUGAUCUGGGUGUAUGUUGUUCCAAAGUGUCUCUGGUGAGUUUGGUCGCUAACUGAGCAGCAUGCUUUGUUACCAGUACGAGGGUCACUAAUUAAGUUUUUAAAAUUUUACUUACUUUUUAUAGAUGCUUUUAAAAAAAAAAAAAAAUUCAUGGUCACGUUUAUUUAAAAUUGUUCUGUUGUGCUAAUCAAAAGGGGUGUCAAAUCAGUGUCUUGGAAGACAGAUCCUGAUGUCUUUUUUUAACUUGUGUAACUUAAAAAAGAUUUGCAGAUUCUGUUUUAGCAGCUUGCACAAAUCCAUGUUGCCACUAAAAAUGUAAUGCAUGUUUAUCUCAUUAUGUUGCUGGGGCAGUUUUAAAAUCAGAUUUAGCAUUUUAACAUUUGUUCUCUAAUUCACUUUGUCUCUAACAAAUUGCUGGUUCUGCAAAAGCCAUUACAUCUCCAUAUGUGUUUCUGUCAAAGGUUUUUUUGUUUACUGCUCUGCUUUGUUUAAGGACUGGUAGAGGCAGCUGCCUUAUAGCAGCAACGUGAUAUAUUCAGGAGUCCUGCAAACCCUGGAGUCUGCUUUGUUUUCUUGAAAGUUUUCCAUAACCAAGCUGAAUUUUCUGUUGUGCUCAUUGCAGAAUUCUUUUAAGUUCUUCAAAGUGUCUUCAGGAUCUAUCUCACUGUGUGACAGAGCUCAGCAGCUCUUGUCAGGAUGCUGUUGUCUUCAGUUGAGAGUGAAUAGUGCAGCAUUGCUCUAAAAUUUGGUUUCUGCAGCUGAUUAGAUGCUGGCCCUAUAACGGAGCUGGAUUCCUUCACAGAAGCACAGGGCUUUGCUUGGUUCUGUUUUUCCUCACUAAUUUUUUUCCUCACGUGAUUCAUUUAGGAGGGAGAUGAAUUUGAAAUACAAUGAAACAUCACUGUAUUGAUGUGUACAGCUUUUUAUACUCCUGUGAGCGUAUCCUCCUGGAUAUGUCAACAGCUACUUUAAAGCGCUCUUAAUAAGACUUGUAAACAGUACGUGCAUGUAGGAAUUGCAACACAAAAAAAAAAA